AUGUCAAAUCAAAGCAACAAUAUUACUAGCAUAUCGACAUUAGUCGCUGUUGAACAAUAUAUGUCAAUAUAUGGACCAUUUAUAUUGACAUCUGUUGGAAUUAUUGGUAAUAUUCUUUCUAUAUUAAUAUUUUUAUCUCCUCGAUAUCGUCGACAAUCAUCACAUUUUUAUCUUCUAUCUCUUGCUAUAUCUGAUCUUUGUUUUCUUUGUAUAAAUCUUAUUGAAGAUACAUUUCGUAAUCAUAAUGAAUUAUACCAAUCACGUAUAAAUAUUCUUGAUCAUAGUUCACCUACGAUUUGUAUUUUCGUUGAAUACGCAAGAAAUACCGUACGUUUAUUAUCAUCAUGGAUAGUUGUUGCAUUUACAAUUGAACGUCUACUUGUUGUAUAUCAUCCAUUAAAACGAGCUAUUAUAGGUCGACGUAAAAUGGCACGUUUUGUUGUUUUUUCUCUAUUUAUUAUUAGUCUUUUAAUUAAUAUAAAUGUUCCAUUUCAUUAUGGAAUAAUUCAUUUAUCAAAUCAUUUUGGAAUAGAAGAAACAAUCUGUGAUAUUUUACCAAAAUAUCGUUCAAUCUAUAUGAGAUUUGCUAUAAGUGCAAUGAUUAUGGUUUAUUUAUUACCUAUGUGUAUACUUGGUUUUGUUAAUAUGCUUAUUUGUUCUAAACUUUGGAGUAAAAGUUUAUUAACAGAAAAAAAUGAAAAUUAUCAAACAUUUGAACAAAAACAGAAAAUGAAAAAUUCUAGUCACUUCAAUAAUUUAUGCGAUUCAGUAUCAUAUUUGCAUCCAUCACAAUCUACAUUAAAUACUAUAAAUCAUGUCGAACAAUGUCAAAGUCAAGGAUUAUCUUCAUUAGAUAAAUGUCAAUCAAUUGGAUCAUUGACAACAUCGGAAGGAAAUAUAACACAGAUUAAUAGUAGUAUUUGGCCUAAUCGAACUCGAAAACAUAUAGAAUCAAAUUUAGUUUCAAAUUCCUCAUUUAAAUAUACAACACAUGUAAAACGAUCCUCAACAUAUGUUAAAAAUUAUAUACAAUCUCGAGCAAAUCGUGUUACAAUAACACUUUUACUCGUAUCAUGUUCAUUUUUAUUAUUAAAUUUUCCAUAUUGUGCUGUAUGGAUUGCUAAUUAUGUACAUGGAUUUCGUAAUGCAACAUUAAAAUCAAUAAAAGAACUAACAGAAUUAUUUAUGUUAACUAAUUUUUGUAUAAAUUUUCUAUUAUAUUGUGCCAGUGGAAAAGUAUUUCGUAUGGAACUUAUAUAUAUACUUCGAUGUAAAUGGAAAAAAUUAUAUAAUAGAAAUGAAAGUAAACGUCGAGUAAAUCAUAAAUUUUAUCCAAAAGAUAAUAUGCGGUUACAAGAAUCAAAAUCAAAUCGUCGUUCAACGAAUGGUGUAAUUCAAAAUUUAAAUUAUUAUUCAUUUAAAAAUUAA